CUACGAUAUUAAUAUUCCAGUCAGUAAUAAUUGUUACAAUGAGUCGUGAAAGGAAAAGGCCAAGAAAAGCAACCGCACCUCACACGCUCGAGGACCACUAGAGGCACUCAAACAUUAGGAAGCCGUAGAAGCUGGAGUCCUUAACGCUCACUGACAGGCAGGCAAGGAGAAAAGGGAGAUGAGCUGCCUGCUGUCGCCGCGCGUAACUUCUCCACGCGUGCACACGUGCGUGCGACGGCGGCGGCUGUGCUGCUAGAUUGAAACUGAGCGCAACGAAGGCGCGCGUUUUACUGGAGAGGUGGAGGCAGCGGGCGCCGGCUGCUGUGGCUCGUCGCGGCGCGUGCCCUGGGAGCGCCACGGGAGAGAGUUACACCUGAGAGUGUGAGGAGCGAGCUGGAGGGCCACCUGCUUAACAAACGCACGGAGAAAGACAGAGAAAGAGACAGCCGGAGAGAGACAAACACCCUCAGAGGCAGAGUGAGAGGGAUGCAGCGGAGGGGGAGACGCGUCGAACAGAACCUCACCUACACAGAGGAGAUGGCAAAGGAGGAUGCAGGCAAAGCUACCUCCCGGAAGCACAGCCUAACACAGUGGCGAAUGCAGAACUUGAACCAUGAAUCUGUGGACAGUUCAGAUGAGGAAUUCUUUGAUGCAAGAGAGGAAGUAAUGGAUGGUAAAAAUGUCAUCUUGCUUGGCAUGAGCCAGUGGAACUCCAAUGACCUGGUUGAACAGAUAGAAACCCUUGGCAACAUUGACCAAUCACAAGAAAGUCUGUACAGAGUGACACUUAGCAGGCCGCGCUGUACUGCUCAAAGCAGCAUUGAUGGUGUCGAGGACAUUGAGAUGAAAUGCAAGACACACAUGCUUAUACUUGUCCUCCAUGGGGGAAGCAUCCUUGACAGUGGAGGAGGAGACCCAAGUGCCAAGAUGGGAGAUCUCAACAUGUUGAAUUCUGUUUUUGAAAAGGUAACACAGGCACACUUUCCUGCUGCAUAUGGGCAUAUCCUCCUGAAGCUGGUACCUUGCCCUGCCAUUUGCUCAGAUGCCUUUGCACUAGUCUCCAACUUGAAUCCAUACAGCUAUGAUGAGAGCUGUCUUUCCAACAGUAUUGACCACAUACCCUUAGCUGCCCUGCCUCUUCUCGCCAUUUCAUCUCCUCAGUAUCAAGAUGCUAUUGCCACAGUGAUUAGUCGAUCUAAUCAAACCUAUCAUGAUUUUCUUAAGUCUGAAGAUGGUGCAGGGUUCAGUGGACAGGUGUACCUGAUUGGUGACUGCAUUGGUGGAAUCCUUGGCUUUGAUGCUCUGUGUUUCAGCUACAGUCCAAGAGGGGGGAGCCAGAUCAGCAGUCGACAUGACAGUAUGGAUAGUUUGCAGGACAACCCAGGCUUUUCAGGAGAUGCAAGUCCAAAACUGAGUUCCAGCAAACGACUCAGCAAGAGCAACAUUGAUAUUUCAGGACUAACAGAAGAAGCCACUUCACCCAGACAGCCACUUGCAAGAAAACAAAGCGACUCUUCAACCUAUGAUUGUGACAACUUCACUCAACAUCACACAUUUCUCACAAGUCUGCUCCAGGAAGAUUCAGAUCUUCGACAGGGGAGCAGCUCUAGCCUUCUUAUUUCAAGCCCAGGAAAAUUUGAUUUUGAAAUAUCAGACUUCUUCAUUUUUGGAUCUCCUCUGGGACUUGUGCUGGCAAUGAGAAAGACUGUACUGCCAGGAGUCCAAGUGACUCAAGUUCGACCAGCUUGCAAUCAGUUGUACAGCCUGUUUCACCCUGCUGAUCCGUCAGCCUCACGCCUAGAACCUCUUCUUGACUCUCAUUUCCAUGAGCUUGCCCCAUUUGCUGUACCACGGUAUCAGCGUUAUCCCCUCGGUGAUGGAAGGUCUCAUCUUCUUGCUGAUGCUAUCCACAGCAACCAAUCUCUCUUUGUGGACUCUAACUUGCCUCAACUGCCUAGUGCACCAGCUUCUCCCAACAUAGCAGACGCUGCAUCUUCCAGAAGAAGUGUUCUCCGCAAAGCUAGCCUUACAAGCAUUGGCAGUGAGGUGUCUGGAUGUUCAGUCAGUCAACUUGCCAACAUCAUCUCAAACAUCUCCAGUUCUUGGUGGGGAUCAAAACGUCUUGACUACGCCCUCUACUGCCCAGAUGUCCUUACAUCUUUCCCCACAGUGGCCCUGCCUCAUCUUUUCCAUGCUAGCUAUUGGGAGUCAACAGAUGUGGCAGCAUUUGUGCUCAGACAGAUGAUGCGUUGCGAAUGUGUGAACACAGAGGAGGUGGACAGUUCAGACUCCGCACCAUUCUCACCCUCGAGUCCGAGAGAAAAGUGGCUUCGCCGACGCACUCAUGUUAAACUGCGAAAUGUCACAGCCAAUCACAGAGUAAAUGAUAUCAUCUCAACAGAGGAUGGACCACAGAUAUUGGUUGGCCGAUUCAUGUAUGGACCCCUUGAUAUGGUCACUCUAACUGGGGAAAAGGUCGAUAUUUUCCUGAUGAUCCAACCAGCAUCUGGACGGUGGGUGCAUUUUGGCAUAGAAGUUACUAACAGCAAUGGCCGUAUCUCUUACACUGUCCCUGACAGCAAAAAACUGGGAGUUGGAGUGUACCCAAUUAAAAUGAUUGUCAAGGGAGACCAGACAUCUGCAGAAGCCUUCCUCACAGUGCUGCCACGUGGUAUGGAGUGUGUCGUGUUCAGCAUUGAUGGAUCAUUUGCAGCCAGUGUUUCCAUUAUGGGCAGUGAUCCCAAGGUUCGGGCAGGAGCUGUUGAUGUUGUCAGACAUUGGCAAGAAUUGGGUUAUCUGAUCCUAUAUAUUACUGGGCGUCCAGAUAUGCAGAAACAGCGGGUUGUGUCCUGGCUCUCACAGCAUAACUUUCCCCAAGGGAUGAUCUUUUUUUCAGAUGGAUUGGUCCAUGACCCAUUGAGACAGAAAACCAUCUUCCUCCGCAAUCUUGUCCAGGAGUGUCACAUUAAAAUUAGUGCGGCUUAUGGAUCCAUGAAAGAUAUUUCUGUGUACAGUGGGCUGGGCCUCUCUUCUACACAGAUUUUCAUUGUUGGGCGUCCAUCUAAGAAAUAUCAGAACAUCUGCCAGUUUCUGAGUGAAGGAUAUGCAGCACAUCUUGCUUCCUUAGAGUUUGGACACCGCUCCCGUCCCAAAAAGACCUCUGCAAGGAUGGUUCUACGAAAAGGAAGUUUUGGGCUAUCUGCACAGCCAGACUUUCUCCGUAAAAGGACCCACCUAAGGCGCACCAUGUCUGUGCAGCAGCCUGAUCCUCCCGCCACUCCUAAUCCAAAGCCAGAACGAGCUCAGAGCCAGCCAGAGUCAGACAAGGAUCAUGAACGGCAGCAAGUACCUGGGGUGUGGGUACGAGGGGCAAGCCAUCGUGGAGACACGACUCCUUAAUGCAGAACGAGCAAGGCAAAGGUUGUAAAAGAUAAGAAGAAAGAGGCAUGGGAUGAGCUCCAGAUAUGUUUUAUAUACAAGGCAACAUAAAAACCCAUACUGUCUAGAAAUCCUAUAUAUGAAAGACAUGUCCUUAAAGAGUGCUCUGCUUUAUUGAUUUUAAAGGGUUUUAUUGUCUUUUGCUUAUUCGAGUUGUUUGAAUGGGACAUGUUCACCAACACUCUCCUAACAAUUUAGUGCAAUAAAUGUUGUUUAUCCUGACAGGCACACUUCUUAAUGGGGUGCAAUGUAAACUCUUUCAAAUGUAAAUCCAGUCUACCAGCAAAGUUACACUUAUAAAAUAUACUUGUACAAGAGUAUGAGAGAAAUAUUUUAAAAAGUUAGCCCUGUAGUUUAAUGAAGGCAAGGUUCAAGUGACAUAUUCAAACAACGCAAUAUUUAUCUAUUACAGUUUAUCAGGAAAAAAGAAAUAAUUAGUUGUUGCUGGAAUUAUACUCACUGGCGAUGUGUCUGGUUGUUUUGUACUCAGUGAUAUUUGGAUCUACAUGUUUGGUGUUUUUCAAGUUGUCAUAUUCCAUCUGGGACCUAUCGUUGUCUUUAUUUUGGAAACAAAAUAAUUAUAGACACAGUAAGAACUAUCAGGCUGAGACAUUACAUUACAGUGGUAAUUCAAAUGAGUGUGACAGUUGCAUUAAGGUGGGUUAACAUCUUGUGGUUUCAAGGCUUUACUGUUACGAGAAGCUACAGCAACCCCAAUCAAGAGGUUUGUUAGCUGCCCAUAUAGAUGGAUGGUAUUGAUGGUUUUACAUAUCCUUAAUUAUAGGCUAUUAAAAGGUUCGACAUUUGGAAAACAUGUCAAAAUGCAGGUUUAGCCAUGUUUCAGCUCUGCAGUUUCAUGUGAACCUGCCAUUAGAGGAGAAAAAGUGGAAGGGGCAGAUUUUAACAAGAGCCAUUCCACAGUUCUCUUCCUACAAUGAGGCAAAAGAGCUGCCACAGAGAGUGGUGUGCAGUCCGUCUUUGCGCUAAAACAUGCAAACGUCCUAAUCACCUGAAAAUGGGGUCAAGAAGUGAAAGGCAGAAUAACCACACACAGUAAACAGCCGGAGAAGUCCAGUGUGCUUUGAACAGUCGUAUUUAUCUUGUUCGCUUCUGACUAUAUUAUUAUAAUGUGGAAAGAGAGUCAGAUUUAUUUAUGAUCUAAUUGCUUGACCAAAGUAUUUUUGUUGUCAAUAUUAUGUUAAAGGUGUUUUUUAAAUGUUGUUUUAUAUUUAUAUAAAAUGUAUGAAUAUAUAUACUAUACAGUAUGUCACGUAUAUAUACAUACAAAUAUUUAUGUAAAAUGUUGAAAUGGAAAUUUUAGAAAAAUUAUUUGUUUUUUUGAGCUCUCAUUGCUUUUCUCCUUUUCUUUAAUUUUAGAUGCUUUAGGUAUUUUUUUUCCUAGCUGCUUAACUGAUAGUGACAAUUAGGCUUGUAAUGACCCCCUCGGUACCGAGGGGAAACAAUUUAAAAUGUCAUCCUGAGCUUCACUAACAGAUUUUAAAAAAGAAAAUAGGUUUUGUAACUUAAAAAAAUGCAUAGUUGUUCUGUUCAUUUAGGAACAGAGACCCCGUUAAACAAUGACAUUGCAAACACAACUUUUGAAUUACAACUUGACAAGAGAAUGAUUUAUGAUAAAAAUAACCAAAUGGCUGUUUCUGGCAUUAGUUAUCCAUUCAGACUUCAUUUACUAUUUCAGUCAAAGAAAAUUAUAAAACAAAUUUUUCUUCAGCAAUGGUCAAAAAUUAGAAAAGGCCAAGCUUGAACCCUUUCAAGAUGGCACUUCAUACGCUCAGGAAAACAACUGCCCCAGGUUAGUGCUACUGCGUCAUGAGUAUCAUUUAAUGUCAAGUCAUUUUCCCAUAGGUACCUGCUUUAGAACAUAAAUAUUUUGUUGGCCUUCAAGCUUUAGCAUUGUGCUCAAAUCUAGCAGUUAACUCAAAGAGCAUGUUUUAAUGAGAGCACUUACCUUGAGUGUCUGUUCUUGCCAAGUCCACUAGACAAUCUGGUAAAAUUAAAUUUUGCCAGGAUGAAUGCUGCAUUUAAAAUUGUGCAAAAUGUGCUGUUAUUACUCCCUAAGCGAACUGGAAGUUUAAGUGCUGGGGCUCUAAUACUUUUAAAACAGUGUUUUAAAGGUAUUGGAAAAUGAAAGGAUAUAUGCCACACCAGAAGAGAAGUACUGGCUCCAGUGCAAAAGAAAAGAGGUGCUUAUCUGAAAUUGUAUAUUACAGGCAAGUGGUUUGUGUUAAUUUUCUUCUAGAGAAUGACAUCAGUGUAGUGUUGUUGGUCCCGUGUACUCCAUUCUUGUAACUCAACUGAAGAACUGUGUCUGUUUAUUGUGAGCAGUCUGAAUGUACGCGUUGUAGUUUGCACAAAUUGCCUGUCUUGUACCAAAUGAUUUUGAGAAAUGGGUGGGCCAAGGAAUGGACUUUUUAACAAGAAAGGUAGUGAAUAUAGUUUCACGACUUCCAAAAGCAAUUGAAAAUAUAUUUUAAUAUUUUUUGGAUCACAAACUUUAGAAUGUCACAUUCACUUGAUCAGUAUAUACAUUUACAUUUCAUAUAAAAAGUAAGUCAGGUACCUCAAAUGUUAAACACAGGUGUACAGUGCCAAAAAUGUAUCACCCCUUGCAAGAUUUCACAUUUCAUUGUGAUACCCCAUUGAAACACAGUGGAUUAAAUUUGGCUUGUGGGUCUGAUCAACAGAAAAAAAGACUCUUUAAUGUUAAAGUGAAAACAGAUCUCUGCAAAAUUAUCUAAAUUAAUUACACAAUAUUUAAACACAAAACUGCAUAAAUAUUCACCCCUUCAAGUCAGUAUUUGGUUGAUAGACUUUUGACAGCCUCGAGUCUGUGUGCUCAGGUGUCUAUCAGACCUGCGCAUCUGGACAUUGACGUUUAUCUCAUACUUCUUUGCUCUAUCAGGCUGCAUGGGCAUCUCAUGAGUGACCAGCCAUUGUCAAGUCCAGCCACAAAUUCUCAGUUGGAUUGAGACCUGGACUCUGACACAGGCCACUCCAGGGGUCUCAUGUAUAACGCCGUGCAUAGAACUCACACUAUAACAUGGCGUAAGCACAAAAGCGGGAAUGUGCAUACGCACAGAAAAAUCCAGAUGCAGGAAUCUGUACAUACGCAAACUUUCAUGUUCUUCCGCUACAUAAAUCCCGAUCAGCGUGAAAAGUAACGCACGUGCACGCGCCCCAACUCCUCCCAGAAUUACACCUCUUUGAAUAUGCAAAUCAAUAUAAAUAGCCCUUAAGCUCAGCCUUCUGUGAAAAGACAAUGGGAAAAGCACGGGAGAAAAUAUAAGAAUUUCAGCGAAUACCAAAUGGAGGCAAAGGAAAAACGUACUAUUUGUUGUUUUAAACAGUGAUAUAAACAACAAAAGGAAGUUGAUCAAGUGACAGAGUGUUGGAGAAACUCGAAAGCUCAAGUUCACAAAGUCGCACAGUGCCCGAAAUAAAAAAAGAAGUCAUAUAUCAAAGUUGCCUUGAAAAGGCGAGUCGUAGCCCACCGUCUGAGUGUCAUAUGAAAGCUCAUUAGGGUACAGACAAAAAAAAUAGGCACUCAGUGGGGAAAAAAGCAUGAAAUGUCAACUUUAAUCUCGAAAUUUCCACUUUAAUCACGUAGUUUAUUUUGCCAUUAAAGUAAAACAUCGUAAAGUUCGUCUUAAAAUUGUUUAAUUUACUAGUUUCUCAAAUCCCAUCGUAACUAAAGUAGCACGUUAAAUGCUUUGUUCUGUAUUUGAUCUUCUUUGUGCUGUGUGUGAAUCACUACCUGCUUCUUAAACAGGCUUUCUCUUUCUCCGACAGGACACAUAAUCCAUUGCAUUCGUGAUAUUACAGCUCUCUGAAUAAUUAAAAUACUGAGAUGUAUACGUGAUAUCUUUUUCAUGAUGAUAGGAAUAAAAGCAUGUUAUUAAACAUGGGAACACGAUGGCGCAGUGCUUGUUCAUGUCUCACGCAAGAGGCUUGCUGCGCCAUGCGUGACCUUUGAUGAAAUAAUUUAUUACAGAAGUUCUGUCUCUUUCAAACGUACUAACCUCCAAUUCCUGUCCUUACUUUUCUUUCUCCAAAUACCCAAUCGCCACACAAUCAGCUCUGUAAUAGACGUGAAGCCAUCUGUAAGCUUAGAAUGCCGAUUCUUCAAAACUUUUAAAAAUAUAUUCGUAGUACAUGUUUAAUUAUUCUAUCCAUCUAUCCUUCCAGUGUCACGUCAGCACCAGCAAGAAUACAAUGCAAGGCAGGAACAAUCCAUGAACUUGCUAGCGCUGUGGCACCGUGUCCUGACAUGUUUAAUUAUUAACAAUACAGAUUAUUUAAAUGAAGUUAAAGUUUUAUCUGUAUAAUAUAAUCAACAUA